UAUGAAAAGGGGCGGGGAAGUGGCGCUCCACAUUGCAGUCUGGGGCUACGUUUUUAACCGCAUACUACCAUACUAGCUAGUAUGCCAAAAAUAGUACGGCUAUUCUACAUGGAGCAUACUCUGUAGUAUAGUAGUACACGUAGGUAGCAUUGCGUUUAGCCCACGGCUCUGCGUCUCAGGCGCACCGUGUUGUGCUCAAUAAUAGCCGCGUUUGAAUAAGACGGCUCGGUUUCAUUCGAAAUUAAGAGACGUAAGCUUUAGAUACAUAGUGAAGGGUUUUUUUUUAUUUAUACGAUUAUUUCUUUUUAAAGAUAGCAUUUUCUAGUAGAGCAGGAACCACUGUUUGGACCAUUAUUAGAAUAUCAGGAGCACCCGAAAAUCAUCUUUACAGAUCAUGGAUAACAGAGAGAAGGAAAGCAGGUCUGAUGGAGAAUGCGAAUCGGCUGAAGAGGAAGAAGUGGAUCCCCGGGUCCAGGGGGAACUAGAGAAGCUGAACCAGUCCACAGAUGACAUCAACCGAUGUGAGACUGAACUGGAGGACGCAAGGCAGAGGUUUCGCUCUGUGCUGGUGGAGGCCACAGUGAAAUUGGAUGAGCUGCUGAAGAAGAUCGGCAAGGCUGUAGAAGACUCAAAACCAUACUGGGAGGCACGCCGUGUGGCCCGGCAGGCUCAGCUUGAGGCCCAGAGGACAACACAAGACUUCCAGAGAGCUACUGAAGUGCUUCGGGCUGCCAAAGAGACUAUAGCCCUUGCUGAACAGAGGCUCUUGGAGGAAGACAAGCGUCACUUUGACUCAGCCUGGCAGGAGAUGCUGAACCACGCCACUCAGAGGGUGAUGGAGGCAGAACAAACGAAGAGCCGCAGCGAACUGUUACAUAAAGAGACAGCAGCCAGAUACAGUGCAGCCAUGAGCCACAUGAAGCAGCUGGAGAAGAAGCUUAAACGCACCAUCAGCAAGUCCAAGCCUUAUUUUGAACUGAAGGCAAAGUACUACUUGCAGCUAGAGCAACUGAAAACAAAUGUGGAUGACCUUCAGACCAAGUUAACAUACUCCAAAGGGGAAUAUAAGACAGCUCUAAAAAACCUAGAGAUGAUCUCAGAUGAGAUUCAUGAGCGCCGGCGCUCCAUUGGAAUGCGAGAGAGAGGAGUGGGGUCAGAGACUGAUGGGGUCACCGGAGAUGAUAUCACCAACUUCAAAAUGGAUUCUGAUGGUAUAUCCAUGGCAUCAGAGACAUUUGAGGAUGAAAACUGCAGUAACAGCGCCAUGUCUGAGGAGGAUUCAGAAACACAGUCCACAUGUAGCAUGAACUCUGGAGGCAAUAGCCCUUUGCAACUGCUGUGCACCUUCUCCUCUUCCUCAUCUCCAUCAUUUACUUCUUCAUCUUCCUCUUUUUCAUCUCCCUCAACACGGCCUUGCAGCUUGGAACUGCCCAGUACUGUUUCCCUGUCAGACUUUGGCCUGAUUUCACCUAUCCUUGGACCUCGAAGUGAAUGCAGCGGCGCCUCCUCACCCGAGUGCGACAUGGAGAGAGGUGACAGAGCAGAGGGAGCGGAAGAUUUCUUGAACACUUUCAAUAACAACAGCAGCAGCAUAAGCAGCAUUAAGAACCGCUUCCAUUUCCUGUCCCUGAAACGCGGUCAGAUGGACAAUGGCAAAACCACAGAGCAUAAACCGCCGAGUAUGGCCUAGAGUUACCAGUACCACACCACUGCUUAAUGUGGGCUGAAUUAGCUGCUAUUACCCCCAUCACACUCUUCCAUGUGAAAGACGUUGGCAGCUGUCCAUCUGUCUUUUACUGUACCUGUGAUUCAGCACCAUUCAUUUUGCCAGGAAUGCUCUGAAUCUUAAUCUUCAUCAUUGAGCAAGAUUCAGUCUCAAUAAGAGUUAUAGGAAUGUGUGAAUUUAAGAAAGUUUCUUACAGCAUAUUGAUUAAAAAAAUAGUAAGAUGGGGGGGGGGACUGAGCAAUCACUGACAUGGUGAUAGGGGAAGCAGUCAAAAGCAGUACUUCCAGAUUCAACCGGAUUUUUAAUUGGCUGCUUCUGUAGUGCAAUAAUGGCUCAUAUGCCAUCACUCCUCUCCACAUGCACUUCUGUAAUUGCUUCUUCAUCUACACUUUAAGGUCUGCAUUUCAGCAGCAGCAUGGCCAUUAUAGCUGAAAUGUGCAUGAUGCCAUAUUUGUGUCUUUGUGGGUUAAAUAUGGACUGUCACCACUGUCACUGAAAAAGCAAUAGAUAACAAUGCAAUGUAUAAUUCCCAACUCUUGUUUGUAGAUUAAAACAAAGAAUUGAAAGGCAUAACUUAAUUUUACACUGCCAAUUAACUGUAAUUGUUGCAUUUGGGUAGACACUAAGGUGUGUGUGUGUGUGUGUGUGUGUGUGUGUGUGAGAGAAUACCCUAUAGCUGCUGCUGCUAGAUAUAAAGGCACAAAGCACAGCUUCGGUCUAGUCAGCAGACCAUGUGGGCUUUGUGACGUUCCACUUUAGUUUGUUGUAGCUGUUUUUAUGUACCUUUAUGUGUAGUAGAAACAUUGUCAUUAAGCUGUGAUUUUAUGACUUGGUUAUUCUAAUAGUUUCCUGGGUUUGAGUAGCUUUUGUCAUUGUUUUCCUGUUUAAAAUAAAGUACUAUUCUGAUCAUU